AUGGCUCUUGGGAAUGGUCACUUGGGACAAGACGGCAAUGAAAAAUCAAAUAUAGAAGAAGACACGGUCACAGGAAUAACGAAUGCAGCAUUUGAUGAUGUCCAACACCGUGACCAAGGUCCAAAAGAAAAUGCGUCUUCUCCCGCUGGUUCCAAUAAAAAGAUGAAAAAGGGCAAAUCAAAGUACAACUGGAAGCAAUUCCUCCCGUUCGCUCCAAGGAACCCCGACGUACCCCAAAUAGAUGACUCCGGUUUCAUGUCCAUGAUGUUUAUGUCAUGGGCGUCACCCAUCGUGUACAAGGGGUUCAGAAAGCCUCUUCAGAUGGAUGACCUGGGAGAGCUAUCUCAAUACGAGACAAUCGAAGUGAACGGCACCCGAAUUAAGCGGAUUUGGGACGAGGAGGUCGAUACCGUAGGCCUCAAGCACGCUCGACUCGGCAAGGUUCUGUGGCGGUGCGUUAGGACACGACUUAUCAUGGGAAUGAUCAUGUUUGUGAUAUCGCAGAUGAUUACAUUCUUAGGACCGGCUUUAUUCAUCCGAUAUAUUCUAGAGUAUCUGGCCAAACAAAAUACGACAUCACUUGGAUAUGGCAUUGCCUUGGUUAUGGGACUGCUUCUGACCGAAAUCCUUCGUGUCGCGUUCCUCUCGUUCAGCUUUUUCCUAAACAUCCGGACGGGCACGCGCGCGCGGAGUAUGGUGUACUCUCUCAUCUACCAGAAGCUCUCCAAGCUCAGAAAUGUCGGCGAUAAGAGUAUUGGCGAGUUCGUCAACCUGUGUGCGUCAGAUGCUCAACGUAUUUACGAGGGAGUGUCGUUUUGUAAUUUCUUAAUCGGUGGGCCAGUCGUCAUCAUCAUGGCCAUCAUAUACACGACCUAUCUAAUCGGGCCGUCCGCGUUAGUGGGUUGUGGCCUGGUGUUACUGGUUUUCCCUAUUCAGAUGAAGGUGGCCCGACUUGCCGGUCAACUGCGAGGAAAAGUUGUGCGGAUCACAGAUCAACGGGUUCGCAUGAUGAGCGAAGUUCUUAACUGCAUCAAGUUGAUAAAGAUGUAUGCGUGGGACAGGUCCUUUGCUGAUAACAUUGUUGCUAAACGCACCGAGGAGCGAAAUGCGCUGACUAGUGCUGGUCUGCUUCAAGGCAUCAACAUGUCAAUCGCUCUCAUAAUUCCUACCGUCGCCACAGUAGCAUCAUUCAGCGUACACAUCGCGACCGGACAGAAUUUGACCUCAGCUCAGGCUUUUACUAUCAUGACGAUAUUUAACGUUCUCGUCUUUUCACUCGCUGUGCUGCCAUUCGGUGUCCGAGCCGUAGCAGAGGCAAGCACCGCCCUCACCAGAGUCAAGAGCUUGAUGCAAAUGGAGGAACUGUCACCAUUCCUGGACAAACCGAGCAACUCAAACGUCGCGCUGAGCAUUGAACACUGCGACUUCUCGUGGGACAAAGUUGAAUCAGAACAAGACAAGAAGAACAAAGCAGCAGAGAAUGGGGCAAUUGUUGCAGAGGAAAACGGCAAUGUACAGCCCGAGACCAAAGUUGAGGCGAACUCCAAAACCAAGCCAAUGGGCAAAGGUCCCCCAGGGGGGAGGAGGUGUCCGCCAGGUCGGGGGGGUCCCAUACUGCCCGUGAAGACGAAACUAGUCCCCUCGUUAUUCGACAUUGAUCUGGAGGUCAAAAAGGGAAGCCUGAUCGGAAUCUGCGGUAGUGUGGGCAGCGGUAAGAGCUCGCUGUUGCAGUGUAUCCUAUCACAGAUGCGCAAGACCAAGGGACGCGUGGGAAUCGGGGGAUCUAUCGCUUACGUCUCACAACAGGCGUGGAUCAUGAAUGCGACAGCCAAGGAUAACAUCCUUCUUGGACUUCCCUUCAAUGAGUCCAGGUAUAAGGCGGCGUGUUUUGCGUGCAGUUUGACGAAGGACUUUGAAAUUCUGCCAAAUGGAGACCAAACUGAGAUUGGUGAACGCGGGAUUAACUUGAGCGGUGGACAAAAGCAGAGGAUUAGCCUUGCGCGUGCGCUGUACGCAGAUAAGGACCUGUAUCUCUUGGACGACCCGCUAAGCGCGGUUGAUGCGCACGUGGGACAACACAUCUUCAAGCACUGCAUCAAGGGGUCGCUGUGGGGAAAAUCAGUCCUAUUUGCUACACAUCAACUGCAGUACUUGAGUCAAUGCGAUCAAGUGUUGUACAUGAAUAAUGGAAGGAUCGCGGAACGAGGCACGUACAUCCAGUUAAUUCAAGAUAAGAAGGAAUUCUCCACACUCAUCAGGCAGUUUCUUCAAGAAGUCGAAGAAGAGCUCGAAGACGAAGCGCGCCGAGCAGAAUCCGAACUUUACGGAGAUUCAUCGGAAUCUCGAGCACGUUCCGAGACCAAUCUCUCAAGUUGUUCGGCGGACGAGAUUCAGCAACUGUUCGAGAGGCAGCUCACUAUCAGUAAGAGCACGAGGAGCAAAACGUCCGGCAUCGACACAGGGAGCCCGCGCGCAAGUUUUCGGAGCGAGUCGCUUGAGCCUUUCAAGCGCCAAGCUAGCAAAUCAGAAUCUCACAAAAGCCGUCAUAGCGCGGGGGAAGGGAUGCCCAUGAAGGCGCCACCUGAAGACACGGAUGUUCCCAAAAGCAGAGAAGAAGCCGGGAAGUUGACAGAAGUCGAGGAACGCCAAGAGGGUGCGGUUAGGCUCUCCACCUACGUCAACUAUAUGAAAUCCGCGGGAGGUGUUUGCAUCUCCUUCAUGCUUGUCCUCUUCAUGCUCGCUUGUCUCCUGCUACAAACAUUUGUGGAUUCGUGGCUCGGCUACUGGCUUGAUGCUGGAAAUAAGACUGGAAUCAUAGAGCAUGAAGAUGGCGACAUUAACAACUACUAUAUGAUGGUGUAUGGAGUUUGCGCUCUGGUUUUUUUGUUUGGGCUCCUUCUGAAGACCUUCAUGUUUGUCAAGUUCACGCUCAAGGCAUCAUCGAAACUGCACGAUCUCUGUUUCAAGAAAGUAAUGUCAGGGACAAUGAGUUUCUUUGACGUGACGCCGACAGGUCGCAUCCUUAAUCGCUUCUCUAAAGAUCUCGAUGAGGUGGACGCGCAAUUGCCAUGGACGCUAGAGAGUUUCAUGCAGAACGUUCUACGGAUUUUCAUCGCGCUUGGUCUCGUCUCCGCAAUGUUCCCGUACUUCCUCAUCGCGGUCGUCCCACUCAUGAUCUUCUUCUUCGUGCUUAACUCCUACUUCCGUCGCUCCGUGAGGGAGUUGAAGAGGCUGGACGGAAUAACCAGGUCUCCGAUCUUCUCACAUCUCACAGCAACCGUACAAGGCCUCUCGACCCUACACGCAUUCGACAAAAUGGCCGACUUCAACGCCCGGUUCAGCUCGCUGAUUGAUUUAAACACCCUGCCGUUUUUCAUGUACUUCGUAUCCAAUCGAUGGUUGUCUGUUAGGCUCGACAUCAUUACCGUUGUUAUAACGACCGUGACAGCGUUGCUAGUGGUUACCACAAAGGGGGUGCUGACGGAAGCUUUCGCAGGUCUGGCUCUGUCUUACGCUAUCAGGAUCACGGGUUUGUUCCAAUUCACGGUGCGAAUGGCGGCCGAGACGGAGUCGCGCUUCACGAGCGUCGAGCGAAUCAAUUAUUACAUCACGUCGGUACCGUCCGAAGCGCCUGCGGAAAUUCCCGAGACUAAGACGAAAGACGAGUGGCCUCAGGAGGGAACCAUUGUAUUUAAUCAGGUCAAGAUGCGCUAUCGGUCCGGCCUACCCUUAGUUCUUGACAACCUUACUGGCUUCGUCCGCCCGCAAGAGAAGAUAGGUAUUGUUGGCCGGACAGGCUCAGGGAAGUCGUCGGUCGGAGUGGUUCUGUGGAGGCUGGUAGAGCUUUCAGGAGGUUCCAUCAAGAUUGACAACAUCGAUAUCUCCACUUUGGGAUUACAAGACCUGCGCUCCAAGAUUUCCAUCAUUCCCCAAGAUCCGGUCCUGUUUGCAGGCACUAUCAGGUUCAAUUUGGACCCGUUUCGCAAGUAUUCAGAUGAAGAGCUCUGGAAGGCACUGGAAAGAUCGCACUUGAAGGAUAUGGUCAGUAAUUUACCGCUAAAACUCGAGGCGCCUGUGGUUGAGAAUGGAGAAAAUUUCUCAGUGGGCGAGCGACAACUAAUCUGCAUGGCUCGUGCUCUACUAAGACACAGCAAGAUUCUUAUGAUGGAUGAGGCGACAGCAGCUAUCGACUCUGAAACAGACGCUAAGAUCCAGGACACAAUACGCGAUGCGUUCGUGGACUGUACUGUUUUGACGAUUGCCCACCGCCUUAACACCGUGCUGACUGCCGAUAGGAUCAUGGUUAUGGAAGCUGGCAAGAUCGUAGAGUUCGAUGAGCCUUCAGUACUAUCUGCCGAUCCAGAGUCUUACUUCAGUAAGCUCCUGCAAGCCGCUGACCUACAGAAGACUGAAGAGGCGCAAGGCAAGAAACCACGUAGGGAUAUCGCUAUCGAUGAUGUCACGUUAUCCGAAAUGAAGCGAGCCGCCAGUUUAACACCUGGCAAGCCAGCGGUUGAUAAGAUUCCACCUGUUGCCGUAUAUAGCAAUGAUGGAUUUGAAGAUGAUACAGCUGAACAAAUUACACAGUUGUAAAGGCAAUAGGGGUUUGUAAAAGUUGCUACAUUAAGAAACUUUAGACAAUUCAGAGCACCGCAUUAUUUGUAUCAUGAUAUUCUUUCAUCAUGUAUAAAUAAAGAAACAUGAUAAGCACAAUCUAGUCAACAUAAACAAAGCAUUUCAGGAAGAAAAAGUCAACCUGUCAUGUUUUUUCAAUUUCAUGAAUUCAAACUUCUAUAGAAUUCGCCACACGUGCACAAUAUACAAUACGACAGUAUGUAUUUUUUCAUUUCUUUUUUACGAAAUGGUGUAUUUUUUUUUACGAAGGGGAAACAAAAAAAAAAUAUGUAAAAAAAUAAAAUAAGGUGACAAUGUGAAGCGGAAGCUCAUAUUUAUAUUUUCAAUAAAAUCUCAAAAGUAA